CUCCAUGUUUGUUGCUGUUGUUAUCAUUCUAGCUGCCACGUAUAUAUAUAUACACACACAAAGUUCUUCACUAUCACCACAACAUGGCACUACAACCUAGCAUACAUAAAACACAAGUAAAUUUGAAUUCAAUUCUAUCCUUGUGGGGACAUUGUCAGGUUUCUCAUUGCCAUCACCCUUUCCUCUGCCUUCCCCCCUAAACUUAACCAUCUGAAACAAAUGGUUAACCUUAACCAGGACUCUUAUGCAGUGGUCAUAAUGUUUUGGCUCGUGGAGUCUGGUCUCUGUAGCAGAGAGUCAGAUCUCCAGGCGCCGGCUCUUCUUCGAUUCAUAGAAAGAGCUCCGGUGAGAUUAAGCCGUUUCAAUUCAAACAGUUCGGUGGAACAAAUGUGUACGUGCAUGUCGCAGCGCUCCGGGCUGGAUUUCCAGAUUCCAGCUAUCCGAAGCUUUAGCUCUUACAGUCCUCCACAUUCCUCAAUAAUUUACUUCAUUAAGAGGGAAGAAAUGGAUGAACUCGGGAGAAGCCUCAUGUUCCUGGUGUCUGAAGUGGUUUCACGCCAAAGCUUUUUGUGUUGCGCUGAUGAGACUUGUGAGGAGUGGAGAAGUGACCUGAGGCUCUGCAGUCAAUCCCAGCUCCACAGGGCGAAAUGCAGGGGACACCUGGGACAGGUCAUGGAAGCAAGCGCGAGGGAGAGAGCGAUAUGUUGCACACAGCAAAGUUCUAAAUUAUACGGACGUAGUAAGUCUGGUCUUAAACACAAGCAAUUUCACACAUUUUUCUACUACUUUCGCUCCAUAUUUUCAGAUGCCCCUUGGCACAAAGUAGCAUACCUGAAGUUUGUUUUCUGAAGUAUACUAUAGCAGGUGUACAGUGGCAAGUAUACUACGGAUCAUUUUCUCCUACUUUUUCUAACCUGCAGUCACAGCACUAGUAAUGUACUUCUACUCAUAGUGACCUGCCAAGCUUCGUGGACAGACCUGCGAGUCGAGUCACAGUGUUUCCAACUAGUUAGCACAUCGAAAGAACUUUUUUUAAAACUCUAUUUCGAAGGCUAAUACUAACCAAAAUAAAAGAAUCUGAGACUCUUGUUGUAACUGCCUGACUGAGACCAAAACUGUAUCUGAGCAAAUAAACUCACACAACUCCAGCACGAGACACGUCAAAAUCAUUGAAAUUCUGCUCAUUUCAACCUUAUAUUCUACUCGGAUCAAGAUGUGCUUUGAGAAAGGAGGAGACAUUUUAGUCUUUCUCUCCUUUGUCUUGGACUUAACUGCUAGUGUUAGUAGCGUGUACUUUACUGCACUAUUCUUAAGUAUUGCAUAAGCAUUCUCAUAGUCAGGUAUGUGCAUACAUCGACCCUCGAGGUGAUCGAGCAUCAGACCUUUUUCCCAACAGCAGAAAAGUGCCAAAACAAGUUACUCUCUCGUCAGUUUCAGCCAAAUGUAUGUUGAUAUGUGAUGGGGCAUUUAUUUGAGUUGCUGUGAGAAUCAUUUUGUGAGCGCUACCACCGGAGUCAAGCAGCCCCUCUUACCAGCCACAGCAGACUGGUAAACAAGGUGUGUGAGUGAUUCCCUCAGCCAGAGUGUCUAGUUCAGACAUUUUGGAUUGUUGCUAAAAACACACACCAUGACCUUGUUUUUGAGUUUGCUUUUUCAAACUGGCUAACACCAGCUUCAACAAUGAUACUGUUAUGAGUCAAGACGGAGUGGGACCCAAGCGCAGUGAUGAAAGUCACAGGAGGCAGAGGCGAGUCAAAUACAAGCAUUUAAUCAUUAACAACAAUAAAACCACAACAGAAAGCGUCACCGAACCGGGAGAAACAAAGCAAAGUCAGAAGGUCCAAAAUCAAAGCGUCACCAAACCAGCAGAAGUCCAUAAACAUGAAUGAGAGUCCAACAGAAAGUGUCACCGAACCGGGACAAUCAAACAAACUUAAAUCUGGAAACACAGAGACAAAAGCACAAUGACAAACAAUCACAAAACAAACCAGGAAACAUAGGAAGAAACAGAACACCAACUCAGGCACCAGGAUUUCAGACAGAGUGAUCAAAUUAGCAAACAAGCGCACAGAAAGAGAGAAUGAACGAGGAGAGCCAGUUUACCACGAGAACAAGAGGAGACCAUCUGGCACACGUUGCUGGAGUCCAGGUGUUCUUAUACACAGGUGAUCAGGGGUUGACUGGCUCCAGCCGUGUGCCACAGGAACAGGAAGAAAGCAAAACAGGACUCAAGGGACCGAAAUAAAAGUGGAAUCAUGACAGAUACAAUUUAUUGAUUUUUUAGCUAUAGGUGUCCUUAUUUCUGGCGCCCAAAAUGUCUGCGCAGGUAUCUGGUUAUAGAACCUUAACGUUUUUUCUUCGGCUGUUGUGUGAACAAUAUGUGGAAGUCCUCUAAUCCCUCUCCUAAAUUAAUUUAAAAAAAUAAAAUGGAAGGAAAAUUUGAAUUUAUGCAGUGAUUUUUAAACAUGGCAGAAAUGGGCGGACUUCCUCUCUGAAGUGAGCCCUUAUUCUUAUUCUUUUUUUCUUUAUAACAGCGAUGCUGCCUUGAACACGCUUCCCUGUUACGGUAGUAAGCGCGUUCACGUGUAGACAGCGGGAGCGCGCGCGCUUAUAUGCAGGAGCGCUGCGCGUCUCGACUUCAUUCACUGCGGAGUUAGCGAGACCGAGCUGGAGGUGAUGAAGUUGUGGACCCAGAUGUCGUGAAAAGUGCGUCUAACGGAUCUAACCCGACGGUCGGUAUGCGCCGCAGGAUCGUGCUGGUGGAUGCGCGUCUGUCGGGUGCUUGGAUGUAACUCCGGAUUUAACCUCCAAUUCGCUUUAAAACAUUCUCUCACGGAUUCCACUUCACUGCUCGGGAAGUGUCUCCAACAACAAGUGUCUUCAUCGAGGCUGUGGAGGUGGUCCGUCCUCCGGGGGAAUGGUUCUGAGCCCCCGGGGUCAGGGAGCGACUCGCCGGCUCCUUCGCUGGAUCUGUGCCCGCAACCUCGAGAGGAGAUGAGAGCCGCGGUGCUGCCGCUCCUCGCCGGCUGCCUCUGUCUCCUGCGCUCCGCUGCUGAGGAGCGCCCCCUACCCCAGGAGCUGCUGGAGCGACUGUCGCGCAGCGAGGUCCGCAGCAUCGGCGACCUGCAGCGGCUGCUUGAGAUAGACCCCGUAGAAAGCGAGCCGAUCGAAGAGACCAAACACAGUUACAAGGACUUUUCUCACAACUUUGCUGAGGUGAAGAGAACAGGCAGCAGACACAAGAGGAGCACAGUGGUGGAGGAGGCCGUGGCGGCCGGCUGCAAAGUCCAGACCACCAUCUUCGAGAUUCCCCGGAGUCUGGUGGACUCCACCGCCGCCAACUUCAUCAUCUGGCCGCCGUGCGUGGAGGUGAAGCGCUGCACCGGCUGCUGCAACACCGGAAACCUCUGCUGCCACCCGACGCGCAGGCAGCACCGCCUUGUCAAGGUGGCGAAGGUGGAGUACGCCCGGCGCCGACCCAAACUCAGGGAGGUGCAGGUGACACUGGAGGAUCACCUGGAGUGUGCGUGCGCCAACAAACACCGCCGCUGCGCCGACAGUGACAAUGGCGUCAGGUGAGAGGAAGCCGGGAGGAAGUCGGCGAGAAGCUUCGGCGGCAAUAUUUGACUCCUGUGGAUUCACGACGCAAGCUAGCCGCGGAGGAGACGGAGGGACUCCUGCUUGCCGACUUCCUGUCUUCCACCUUCCCCUGAGUGUAACCCGCUCAGAGGAUUAAAAGGCUCCGAACAAUGGCGGGGAUUAAGUUUUGAUACUCCCAAGAUUUAGAUGUCAAAGUACAGGCUCGGAUUAUUUCUCUUUCCUCCCAUGGAUUGUAUUCACCAGCGGGGCACGGGACCCCGACAUGUUAUCCACACUAAUAAAAUA